CCAGCCAGCCCAAGGACAGCAGGGUGCCCAAUUGUAAGAAGAACUAGAAGAUGGUUCAUAGCACAGAAGAAAGCAGAGGCCAUGCUUCAGACACCUCAUGCAUUGACCUAUUGAUCAAUGGAGACACUGGCCCAGGAGAGAACAACCAGGACUCUGUGAACAAUCUCUGCAGGCAGUAUGAGGAGAAGGUGCGACCUUGCAUCGACCUCAUUGACUCCUUGCGGGCCCUGGGUGUGGAGCAGGACCUGGCCCUGCCUGCCAUCGCAGUCAUUGGGGACCAGAGCUCAGGGAAGAGCUCUGUGCUGGAAGCCCUCUCAGGAGUGGCCCUCCCCAGAGGCAGUGGUAUUGUCACCAGAUGUCCUCUGGUGCUGAAGUUGAAGAAGCUGGAACAGGGAGAAGAGUGGAAGGGCAAGGUCACCUACAAAGAUGUUGAAGUGGAGCUCUCUGAUCCCUCACAGGUGGAAGAGGCCAUCAACAAAGGUCAGAACUUCAUUGCUGGGGUAGGGCUGGGGAUCAGUGAUAAGCUCAUUAGUCUGGAUGUCAGCUCCCCACAUGUCCCAGACCUGACUCUGAUUGAUCUGCCUGGGAUUACUAGGGUGGCUGUAGGCAACCAGCCUGUAGACAUAGGACACCAGAUCAAGAGACUCAUCAGGACAUACAUCCAAAAACAAGAGACCAUCAACCUGGUGGUGGUCCCCAGCAAUGUGGACAUUGCCACCACAGAGGCCCUGAGCAUGGCUCAGGAAGUGGACCCUGAAGGGGACAGGACGAUAGGGAUCUUGACCAAGCCUGAUCUGGUGGACAAAGGCACUGAAGAGAAGGUUGUCGAUGUGGUGCGGAACUUGGUAUGCCACCUGAAGAAGGGCUACAUGAUAGUCAAGUGCAGGGGUCAGCAGGACAUCCUGGAGCAGCUGAGUCUGGCUGAGGCUCUUCAGAAGGAGCAAGCCUUCUUCAAGGAACACCCUCAUUUCAGCAUUCUUCUAGACGAAGGGAAGGCCACAGUGCCCUGCCUGGCAGAGAGAUUGACCAUGGAGCUCAUCUCACACAUCUGUAAAUCUCUGCCUUUGUUAGAAAAUCAAAUAAAGAACUGUCACCAGAGUGCAAGUGAGGAGCUGCAGAAGUACGGUGCAGACAUACCAGAAGAUGACAAUGAAAAAACCUACUUUCUCAUUGAAAAAAUCAAUGCUUUUAACCAGGACAUCACUGCCAUUGUACAAGGGGAAGAGAAUGUGGGGGAAGGAGAGUGCCGCCUAUUCACCAGGCUCCGAAAUGAAUUCUUGUCAUGGAGUAAGGAAAUUCAAAAGAAUUUCCAACAAGGUUAUGACGUUUUAUAUAAUGAAGUCUGGACAUUUGAAAAGCAGUACCGUGGCCGAGAGCUGCCAGGAUUUGUGAACUACAGAACAUUUGAGAACAUUAUAAGAAAACAAAUCAAAACCCUGGAAGAGCCAGCUAUAGAAAUGCUACAUAAGAUCACUGAAAUGGUACGAGUCGCCUUUUCAAGGGUUUCUGAAAAAAAUUUUCAAGAGUUUUUUAAUCUCCACAGAACUACCAAGUCCAAACUUGAAGAUAUCAGAUUAGAACAGGAAAAAGAAGCAGAGAAGUCUAUCCGACUUCACUUCCAGAUGGAGCAGAUCAUCUACUGCCAGGACCAAGUUUACAGGGGAGCCUUGCAGAAAGUCAGAGAGAAUGAAGCUGAGGACGAGAAGAAGAAGGCGAAGACCUCUACUGCCUCUAAGUCCGAAGAUUUGCAGAACUCAUCCAUGGCUGAGAUCUUCCAACAUCUGAAUGCCUACCGCCAGGAGGCUCAUAACCGCAUCUCCAGCCACAUCCCUUUAAUCAUCCAGUAUUUCAUCCUGAAGAUGUUUGCUGAGCAUCUGCAUAAGAGCAUGCUUCAGCUCCUGCAUGAGAAAGAUUCCUAUAGAUGGCUCCUGAAGGAACACAGUGACACCAGUGAGAAGAGGAAAUUCCUGAAAGAGCGGCUAGCAAGGCUGUCCCAGGCUCGCCGCCGACUAGCCAAAUUUCCUGGUUAAGCUGGCUCUGUCCUUCCCUGUGUCUCCUGGACACUGAUUCCGGGACAGAAGAGCUUCUGCCUUUCUUUAAUCCCCUGGCCUUGUAUUGGUGUAGCAGUCAUAUGGGAAAGGGAGCUCUCUACUAACUCUAAGAUGAGGAAGAGGCUCUCCAAACACAGGAAUUAGAUGGGUAGAGGAUGCCAUUUUUCUCACAGGACAAUGGCUUCCCUCUCAGUAUCUUUUCUACCUUGCCCUCUACCUUUUCAGAACCCUGCUUUUGUAUAUCCUACCAGGAACAAGUAUCUGAUGAACAAAUGGGCCAUGGUUUUGAGAGCUGCAUCACUAAUAAACUGCUUUUCUCUGA